GCGACACUCUAACACUACUCCAAAUCGCCAAGAAUUAUUAAGGGAAGCACGAGCUGCAUGGAAACAAAUCAAAAACAAGGAUGAAACCAUUAUCCCGCCAAUUGCCAAUUCCAACAAUGUUUCUACAUUGCUUGGACAAAAGAAUGCAAUUGUCAAAGUCAAAGAAACAACUCAACAAUUGUAUGAAUAUGAACAAUCAUAUUUAUAUAUGCCCGAUAAUGAUUUAAGACAAGUGUUAAUAACCAAAAUCGAAGAAAAGAAAAAAUUCUAA